CGCCAUAGCCCCUCAAGAGAGCUGGAGUUGACUCCGAGGUGAAGGCUGGGCCUUCUCGUUUACUUGGGGGCGACAGUGACGCCUUUUCAUAAAGACAGACUGGCGGGCACGUUACCCAGUAGCACUGCUGCUCGGGCGUUCCCGUAUCCAUGGAAACGCGGGCGUGGCCAUGACGACAAUUGGAGGCGCCGGGAAAGGAAGGGACUGUUGUGGCAGUAGCUGGGUCAUGGAGCUCCACGAGUUGGUUCGGCGCGUGACGAAACUGCAGGCUUGCGUGAGGGGCCGUCAGACCCGGAGGCGGCUGCAGAGCUUGAGAGCCGAGUAUGAGGAGGUGGUGCGGCAGGUGGAGGGCGACUUGGGCGGGCAGCCGCGCUGGGUGGGACGCUGGCUUCCGAGGCCCGUUUUCUCCCCGGAGGCACGGAGAAGACCCUGCGGCCCCAGAACAGAAGGAGGCAGCAGCCUGGGACCUGUUCAGGAGCCCCUCAGCAGACUCCAGAGUGAAGAGCCAGAGGCAGAUGGAGGCCGGAAGGAACCUUCUCCCGUAAAGGGGCCUGAGCAGCAAGAUGGUUUCAGGGUCGACCAGGAAGGUAGCCCCCAGAACAGGCUGGUGAUGGAGGCUGGUGACCCGAUGCUGAGAAGGAUCCCAGGUAGCUCCUCUUCCCUCCUUUCUCCCUAUGACCCACCCAAGACUCCUCUCCCUAAUGGACCAAAGACCCCCAAUUCCAGGCUGGAACUAAAUGGAAACGGGGCAUUUUUAGAGGGGACCAGCCUUUGUGACCAGUUGGUAGCAUUCUCUGACAUAUCUUGCAAUGUCUCCACAUACACAGAGGCCCUGGAGCUCACACCAGCCUCCCAACCUGCCCAGCUCCAGAAACUUCGGAGACACCUGGCCAUGGAAAUGCUUUGGCUGCAGCAGGCCAUUGUCAGUCGAAAGAAGGUGACUGCCUCCUGUCAGCUUUCUCCUUCCUGGCUAUCUCAGCUUUCCUGAGCUUCCAGCCUCCCAAGCUCUUUCUCAGUUUUUACAUAUGGGUAAAGCCUCAGAGAUCCUGCAGGCCUUCAGCAUUCCCUGACAGCCCCAUCCCCUCUUAUCUCCCACAGUAUUUGCUUCUCAGACAAACAUUGGAUCUCCCAGAAAAUUAGUUGGAGAGGACUGUACCUCAAGCACUGGGAUCACCAUAAUACCAUCGUCUGAGUGUCCAAGCUGUCGACGAGACUGGGAAGCUGAUACUGCUGGGAAGGGCCUCCCCAUAGCUCACUACUGAAGACUCCUGUUCUCCAACCCGUUCCAGUGGACCAGAGUGAAGUCAGGGCACAAGUUCAGCUUUAUCCUCAAGGCCAAUAUGCCAGGACCUCUUUGUCGCCUUCCUUGGCUCCAAGGACCAGACUAGUAUCAGAUUUCUAAGCCUCAGUAUAACCCUGUGUUUGGAAUAGGUGGGCCUUGAACCUGGCCUAGGACCAUUAACUCUACACCUGGAAAAA